CCAACAAGCCGGCGAUGGAGAAGAGGCGCAGGCUGAGGAUCAACCAGAGCCUGGCGGCGCUCAAGGCCCUGAUACUGGACAGCGCCCGGCUCGAGAACACGAAGCACAGCAAACUCGAGAAGGCCGACAUCCUCGAGCUGACGGUGCGCCACCUGCAGAGGCAGCGCUCCCUCGCGACCCCCGGCCUGUCGAGGUACAAGGCCGGCUACCAGGACUGCUCUCGGGAGGUGAGAUCUCUCUCUCUCUCUACUGUUUAUAUUUCCCCCCAACCCCGUGCCCCGGUGUCCGACCGACACGGCUGUUUCUACUUGCCAAUGCGGCUUACGAUACCCUCGCGGUUGCCCGACGGCCAAGUGGUGUUCCUGCUGCCGAGUCACUACGUCCAGUUGGCCGCGGCGGCGGCAGCCAACGGGAUAAGCAUCGGGCCGAACCCGCCCACGGCCAUUUGGGCGGCGACCAACAUGUCCCUGCUCAAAGCGACCGACAAGCUCAUGAAGAGGCCGCUGUGCCCCACGGGCGAGGACCAACUGGCCCCCGACUGGCAGGACCAGGUCCAGUCCACGGGCCUCAAGCCCGGCAAGCUGUCGAGGCUCGAGUCCGAGCAGCCCCUCGACUUCACGACGAGCAGCGCCAAGAAGCUCAAGGCCGCGGCGGCGAGGUACGCGGCCCAACAGCAACAGCCCGAGUUGGCCACGGCUAUGGUCAGUUACCCGGUCCCCGAGGACUCGUCCCACGGGGUCGUUGUGGCAGCGGCGAGCGAGCCCGUCAAGGAGGAGCCCAAGAAGCCCGAGUGCUCGCAGGUGCCCACGCCCACGAGGACUCCCUCGCCCGGGCUCUCGCAGCCGACCGUCAAGGACGAGGAGGGCAUGUGGCGGCCCUGGUAAACCCGCCCGAGUCGACCCUCACCGCUUUUCCGAUACUUGUACACAUUAAUUCAUACACCCCUCCCCACCCCUACUUAUAUAUAUAUAUAAUGUAGGCGUCAUCUGUUAUUACUUUUUUAAGUAUAUAUACAUAUAACUACUCCCUUUUGUUACUUUUAUUUAUUUUACGUAUUUUUAGCAUUGGAUUUUUUGAUCGUGUUGUACAAAGUCGAUGUGGCGCAAGGACACGGAAAUAAAUAAAUAAAUGUACCUUUACAUACAAUAACGAGUUGGGUCGGUCAUCGGUUACGUUGAGCAAAAAACACUGCAAGAGAUUUUUUUUUUUUUUUUUUCAUCAAAAUCGUGUAGCUAUUGUUGAAUCAUAUAUAUAAAUAUGAGUGCACAUAUAGUAUAAACACACUAUAUACCUACACCCUCAUAUUAUAAUAUGCGCAUAUAAAUGUAUGUGUAUGUGUAGAGAGGCGCAUAUGAAAAUACAUCGAAUAAGAAAAGAAGGCUGACAAAUAAGUAUUUCCAUUGUUUCGCUACGUAUACAUAAAUAUAGAUGAUGUAGGAGAAAUCGUUAUCGAUUAGAGAUUGAUUGGUUGCAACUUAAACAGCGAAAGCGUCUUCCUUUGUUGCGCGCACCUCCGAGAUGUGCCUGCUCAUCCGCAAUAUACUUUGUUUUUUGUUUUUUUUUUAUUCCUACUUUCCGUAUCACCUGUUAUUCACUGUGCGUCAAUGUUCUUAUUCCCCCCCCCCCCAAGAUUUUUGGCCAUGUCGCAGCAACCCGAUGUUAUAUCCCCUGACAAAACUGUGAUCGAACAAGCAAAAAUUGGUGGCUAUAAAUAUAAUACAUAAUAAUAGAAGAAUGUCGAGUUGCUGCUCGUGGCAUGGCACUGUGGUGUGUACGUAUGUAGAAGGUCGAUAGUAAAAAAAAAAAAAAAAAAACGACUGCACUUACGCAUGUAUACACUGUAAGAAAGAGCACACGAGCACAUUUAGCCAAGUGUGAGUAUAUAGCACGAAAGUUAUGUUGUACAACUGCGAGCAUCUUUUUUAUUUUAUUUUAUUUUUUUUUUUUUGUUCGUCACUUCCCACGAGUAUUACAAGCGAUGGAUAUUUUAUGGAUUGUUUUCACGCACCUGUACAUAUGAUACAUACCUAGUGAUAGCCCGAACGAAAAAAAAAAUAAAACUCGCGCUAUUGGAGUGUGUAAUAUUAUAGGUAUAUGAUGAUAUAUACGAGUAACGUCGUGCAUAGAUUUAUUUUAAUGUUAUCUAGAUUUAUAUUCGAGAGAUGAUGCGGGGACGGCGUAGAAUAAAUGUAAUAUUAUAUACCAAGAGGAAAAAAAGGAAAAAAAAAAAAAAAAAAAAAAAA